GAAAAUUUUCAAACUUUGGGAAAUAUUUUCCCGGACUGGGCGAACGAGGAGAAAGAAAUAACUCUUGUCGAGGCAGUUGAUAAAUUCCAAAAGGAAGAAGAAGAAAAGACACGUUUCUACGUGGAGAAUGACUUGGAAAAAAUUCUGGAGCAAUCUCAGUCGCUCGCGACAAAACGAAACACAAAAUGGGUCGUAAAAUUAUUUGAGGGUAACAAACAAUUUUUUUGCUUCGCAUUUAAGUAACACAAAAAGCAGAAAUUUAAAGAAAUUGAUUUAUUAGACAAUUUCAGCACUAUACAGUCUCAAAAUAAUUGUUUACACAGAUUGGUGUCAAGCAAGAAGCAUCACAACACCUCUCCUUAAAAUGAAUACAGCAGAAUUAGACUUAAACCUAGCAAGGCUUUAUGUCGAAGCGAGAACGAAAAAAGAACGAAUACAGUCGCUCAGCACUUCUUGGUUUUCGGAAUUCAAUUGA